UAAUUUUCAGCAUCUUUAAUUUAGAGCAUCAUUACAAGAAAGCAUUAAUUUAAUCUAAUAGCUAUACUACUGACAAUGACAGUUAAUAUAAAGGUGAACUCUAUUUCGCUCAUCACGAACUACAUGACAUCUACAUGCUACUAGUACUGCCUUGUCACAUAUCAUCUUUUUCUUAUCUAUCUCAUAAGAAAACUCUAGAUAGUUGCAGAGCAUUUAUUUCAGGUUUUUAUAAUCAUAAUAGUGAUUUGCGAUUGUUAAUAACAAGUAAAGAAAUACACAAAAGGAUAACUGCAUGCAUUGUUGAAAAGCAUAACUAGUACAGUAGAGUACCUGCAUUGUUGGUGCCUCAAACGGAAUCACUAGGAAAUCACCGGGAAGCUCAUCUUGUAUCCUCUGAAAUCAAUAACCACAUCCACAUUUUAAGCAUUCCAUCAAAAUCCUUCCUAUAUAUGAUCCUUGCUCUCCUCUCACCAUCUCCAUUCUCCAAAGAAAAAUAACAUGCCAGAGAUCAUGCAUCCAAAGCAUUGGUAUAUCAUUUUUGUGGUCGUUGCCAUUUACUCUGCCACAAGUGUAUCAGCAUCAUCACCUGAUAUUUUCCCCAUACGCAGAGGCCUUACCUUACCCAACCUGACCCUUGAGCACAUUGAUCCUACUCUACCUCCAGUUCUCCCCACCCAGGCACCAAAAUGUUCAGUGAUUGCACUACAACAGGACUUCGCAGACACCGUAGGUGCCCCCCCAGCCUCUGCUAACUACACACAACCCCCUGACUGCCCUGCUCCUUGGACUCGUGUAGUCCUCGAGCUCUCUGUCUCUGCUUCUGACCUCCAGAAAGACCGCAUUGCCGCUGUAUGGGUAGAUGGCGUGGAGGUGCUACGCACUACCACCCCACUCCCAAUGGCACCUGGCGCCUUCUGGAAGGUCACCAAAGACAUCACCCGCUACACCGCUGCUAUUCGCCGGCUUAGUGAGAACAACGGCACUGUCUCCAUGAUGCUUGAGAAUUCCAACACUGUACUCCCCGGAGUCUACAGUGCCAAUGUCACCCUCCACUUCUAUCGGGGCGCCAUUGCAACCGCUGCCAAACCAUCAGCAGCCACAGGGCAUGCAACAAUCCAAGAACUUUACAAAGAGCCAGCUGACCUCAUCAUCCCAGUGACAAGCAACAACGGCUUCUAUGGCAGUGGAUUCUGGUCCAGGAUCGAGAGUGACUCACAAAUAGCCACUUCAUUAAUUAAAAUCCCACAAAACACUUACCGUGCUGUGCUGGAGAUCUUCGUCUCCUACCAUGCGGAUGAUGAGUUCUGGUUUGGCAACCCCCUCCGUUCAUCCUACCUGGAAGGAGCAGCCAACCUCUCUACCCCACGGAGCAAUGGAGGAUUCCGGCAGGUAUAUGCAACCAUAGAUGACAAGUUCGUUGGAGGACACAUUCCAUUCAUGGUGCUUUAUCCAGGCUCUAUAAACCCUUACUUCUGGUCACCAGUGGCAGCCAUUGGAGCAUUUAACAUGCCGUCUUAUGAUCUUGACAUGACACCGUUCCUUGGCAUGCUGCUUGACGGGCAGCCACACAAGUUUGGACUUGGUGUGCAUGAUAGCCAGAGGUAUUGGCUCGUUGGCGCCAACCUGCACAUCUGGGUUGACAGGUGGUCAGAUGCAACGCAGGCCGGGCUCAUCAACUACAAUGCGCCACCACCGAAAAUGAACCGCAAUGCAGAAUGGAGAAACCAAGAUGGGCAAUCAGAGAUUGAUGCUGAAGGGCUGGUGCGCUUCAUUGGUUGGGUGAGCUCCUCCAAGGGGAACCUCACUACUGUGGUACAGCAAAAGAUCAAGUUCAAGAGCCAAAUAGAGGUGCAGAACCGAGGAGCAGUGAAGCAAAUAGAGGUCAACAACAAGCAGAGGAUGAUGGUGGCUCUGAUGAAGGGAAACCAAGCACUAUCAAGGGUACAGCUGAUGAUGGAUGCACCGAUGCAAAUUCAGACUUCGACGGUGAAUGCAGUCAGUGGUGCCGUUUUCCAGAAAACAAGGCUGUACCACCAGCUGGUGGAGAUGGUGAAUCUCAGCGAGGGGCAGGCAGUGAGCAUUGCCACACUAACAGACAGGCAGGAUGCAGAAGGCUCAGCAUUAAUGCAUGACGGAGUGCCCGUUUGGGGUGGAGGUGCUACCAGGUCAGCUUAUAGGUUCAAGGAUGAUAGCACUUGCUAUCUCCGAACAGUGAACACCGCAGGAGGCAUUGUUCGUCUUGACACCACCACUGCUUCAUGUGUCUCCGUUGCAGAUCAAUAGAGAUGAUUAGCAGAAAGGUGUUUGAGUUUAUGAUACUCUCAUACUUAACAUCAGAGUCAGGGUUUGAGUUCCUUUUUCGGAUUUAUAAGUAGCUCUUUGUGUUAGUAAUAAAAGCAAACAUCUUGUUUACAACAUUAGCAAUUCAGUUCAUGUGCCAUGUAUCACAUUCAUCAAUUUGAAACAUUUCUCCAAACUCAGAUAAAUUGAAUUCAUUAGCUACCUACUAGCAUGUCUUUUAUACACAGGAUGAUUCAGAUGUUCGAUAGAAAUCAGAGCAACUCCACAAUCAGUACAACUAUUCAUUCUCCCAUUUGUGCCAAAAAGAUGUUCUCAUUGAUUUGAAAUACCAUAAUACAAAAAAGCAUGCAGAGAUGACAUAUCUGAUUAGAAAUUAAGAAGGAAGAACAAGUUCAAUGAUAAAAAGAUGCAUCAUUUCCACUCUUGAUCCAAAUGCACCAUGGUCAUCCUUCGAAAGGUAUACUAACCCUCAAAUCAAAAUCAAAACUAGAUAGAAAUUGCAUCAAAAUCUCAAUAGCUCCAUAUCCAAAAUCUUAUCAAAACAAACAUCUGAUGAACAAAUUCAUGAAAACCAUAGAAAUUCUCAAUAUAUGCUUACAAAUCAACGACGCUACCGACGAAGGCCACAUUCUCCAGCUCUGCUCGCCAUUUACUACAAAGAGAUUGAUCGCAGCGAGGAGAAUUAGGGUUUUCAAGCCCGCGAAAUUGGGAAUUGGGCGUCUCUCCGGAACAAUCCAUCUCGCCGAAGAGCACGUGGAGAAAAUGAAUGCGGGUUCGAGAAC